UUUCAUGACGCAAGAUCUCAUCCAUCCAUGCAGGUUUUUGGAGCCCCCGGAAUUAACAGUCCACGCAAAAAAAUAGUCCAACGAACCAAAAUCUCGCCCUUUCACUACUCAGAAGUCAGGACCCCAAACGUCACACGCCACGCAUAAAUUCUUUUCUUCCAAAUCUCACCUGUGAUUUUCCGCCAUAUGAGACCCGCUCUUGACAUUCUUCUGGGCCUUGCCUUCACUCUUCGUGACCUUGCCUUCCAACAUGACCUGCCCUGCAUAAUCAUCGCCGCCGAACCCACAUUUUCAGAUACAGAGCUAGCUAUAGCUCUUUCGUAUCGUUUAUGUCUCUGGAAGUUGUUGAGUUGUUGAAGGAAAAAAACUUGAUGGAAAUCGAAGUUUCUAGUGGAACAUCAUCUAGAAAUAGGUUGGAUCACUUGAAAAAAGAAGGAUCCGAAGAGACCCAUUUGCGAAACCUCGAGCUGGAAUCAUCUGAUGACGUUACUGGGUCUAAUUACCAGUUCCGUUCAAUGAAUGCCCUGGAGAUCUUGAGAGAAUCCGUUAGGAUUCUCCGCUACAAUUCGUCUGGGUUUAUGAUUAUCACCGCGCUGCUCAUUUGCCCUGUGGCUGCUGUACUUUUAUCGAAUGUGUUAGUGAAUCGGUCCAUUGUGAAGAGACUGACUGUCAGGCUUCUGUUGGUGGCCAAGUCCAGUGGACUGCCUCUUAGGCCUUUUGUCAAACAGUCGUGCCAACAUUUCGCAGAGAUGAUUGUUGCAUCGGUUAUGUGCUUCCCUUUGUACAUCACUCUGUCGUUGUUAUCAAAAGCUGCCGUGGUUUACUCCGUAGAUUGUAGUUAUUCGAGGAAAAAAUUUGAUGCGACCAAGUUUUAUGUGAUCAUUGCCAAGAUUUGGAGGCGGCUAGUUUCAACGUAUGUGUGGGUGUGCAUGUUGAUUGUUGGUUGUGUCACAUUGUUUUUUGUUCUACUUGAUGUUGUAUGCAGUGCAUUUGCUGUAAUUGGGUUUUCACCGGAUCUGAUUGUCUAUGCUGCUAUGAUGGCUGGGCUUGUUUUCUCUGUUAUUUUUGCCAAUGCAAUCAUUAUUUGCAACAUUGCUAUUGUGAUCUCAGUGUUGGAGGAUGUUUCGGGACCGCAGGCAAUGCUGCGGUCCAGUGUGUUGAUUAAGGGCCAGACUCAAGUGGGUCUUUUGAUAUUUCUUGGAUCCACAAUUGGGAUGGCCUUUAUUGAGGGGUUGUUUGAGCACAGAGUGAAGACCCUGAGCUAUGGAGAUGGGUCUUCGAGGAUAUGGGAAGGGCCUCUUUUAGUGAUCAUGUAUUCCUUUGUGGUGCUCAUUGAUUCAAUGAUGAGUGCAGUUUUCUACUUCAGUUGUAGAUCUUCCAACAUGGAAGCUUUGGACAGUGAAGGCCACUCAAUACUAGAAACAAUGGCUGUUUCUGCUGAAAGGAUGGUCACUCACUGAUGUUUACAAAUCUCAGUAGAAUACUUUUGAUUGAAUAACAUGAUGAUGGGAGCACCAAGAAACAAUUAGGAUUUGCAUGAUCUCACCAGUGAUGAGGAACAAUAUAUUGGCUCGUGGGUACAUCUUCAUAAAGAAUACAUAUUGCAGGCACUAGCCUCUAGUGGUUCCCAAUUCUUGGAUGGAUAUUUGACUCGAGUACAUAGAUUUGCUUCUUGCUGAUAACAAGGCAUAUGGAUUGAAAUAAGGCAUCAAAAAAGCUCUGUACCUCUACUGGAGCUAUAUUUUGUUACAAAAAAUCUUGGAAAUUUCGAUCAUAUUGACUUCGAAUGUAUAAUGGAUAUACUUCUGUCAUUGUUGAUGAUACAUAAUUGUCUUCAAAAUCAUUUCAACUUCA